UUUUUACCGUUACUGUAUAACUUCUAGGAAUUUCCCACGUUCUAAUCGUGUGCUUCAAACUUGGCAAAGAACAGCAUCGUUGUCUACGAAUCAUGCUAUCUAUCAAAGAGUAUAUCAAUAAUCUUAAUACGAGAGCUUCCAAGUCAACAUUUGGCAGGGUUUUUCGUCUUGAUGGAUGUGGCCAUGAACAACAAAAGAAAAAUGCAAAAUUUAUCACGGAAGUCCGAGCCGGGGUAACCACCUUUUUCACAAUGGCAUAUAUCAUCGCUGUCAAUUCAACAGUAUUAUCACAGAGUGGUGGUACUUGUGUCUGUCAUGAUACUGAAGAUCUGUCAUGCGCAACGGAUUCUACCUACGCCGCUUGUGUUCUUGAUAUCAAUCGAGAUUUGAUCACGGCCACUGCUGCAGUAGCAGGGAUAGGGUCUCUGGCAUUUGGCUUCUUCACCAAUCUACCUGUCGCCUUGGCCCCCGGUAUGGGUCUCAACGCAUAUUUUACUUAUCAAGUUGUUGGAUUUCAUGGAACUGGCACUGUUCCAUAUCGUUUGGCUCUCACGGCCGUGUUUGUGGAAGGAUUUAUUUUCGUUUUCUUAUCCCUGAUUGGCAUGCGGCAAUGGCUUGUCAAGGUAAUACCUGCUUCGAUAAAGGUCGCAAGUGGUGUCGGAAUUGGUCUGUUCUUGACUGAGACUGGAAUGUCAUACUCCGCAGGAAUCGGUGCCAUGACUGGCUCUGCAGUAACCCCAACCGCUUUGGGAGGGUGUUCUCCUCAAUAUCUCGACGUUACAGGAGCCUGCACUAGUCAUCAAAUGACCAACCCUACAAUGUGGAUCGGAAUCAUCUUUGGAGGGUUUUUAACUUCGUACCUAAUGGCAUUCAGAUUUAAAUCUGCGAUAAUAAUUGGCAUCGCAAUUGUGUCUAUCUUUUCAUGGCCGCGUGGAACAACCUUCACAUAUUUCCCUUAUACGCCUGAUGGUGAAUCACGUUUCCAAUUCUUUAAACAAGUUGUUGCAUUUCACCCAAUUCGCAAUACCCUUGCUGCACAAGACUGGGAUAUCACAGCUGCAGGCUCUCACUUUGCACUGGCGCUUUUUACGUUCUUAUAUGUUGACAUCAUCGAUUGUACAGCUACAUUGUAUUCCAUGGCACGCUUUUCAGGAGCAGUUGAUCCAAAAACCGGAGAUUUCCCUCGAUCUACGAUAGCCUAUUGCACCGACGCAAUGACAAUCUCCAUUGGCUCUUUAUUCGGAUGCUCACCUGUAACCGCAUUCAUUGAGUCUGGCGCUGGUAUAACUGAGGGUGGUCGAACAGGCCUAACAGCCAUCACAACCGGUAUCUGCUUUUUGAUAUCUAUCUUUUUUGCUCCCAUAUUCGCAUCAAUACCUCCAUGGGCCACUGGCUGUACUCUUAUCUUGGUGGGAUGCAUGAUGAUGCGUCAAGUAGUUUCAGUCAAUUGGUCUUACAUCGGCGAUGCCCUUCCAGCUUUUGUCACUAUCGUUUCAAUUCCUUACACCUAUUCCGUCGCAUAUGGACUCAUUGCUGGUCUGAUGACUUAUACUGCUCUCAAUGGAUCCGUGUACCUGACACAAAAGAUCUCCAUGGGUAGACUGGCUCCACCAGAUGCUGACAAUGCGGAGUACUGGACAUACAAACCUAGUGGUGGUACUGCGCCAUGGUUUAUCAGAGUAGCUCAUCGAAAAUUCUGGCAUAGAGGUGAUAUGGAAAGUAUCGAUGGAAACUCCGCUACUAUGGAGCAUGAGUUGGCCGAGAAGAGACACUCUGAAGUUAGAUCGUCGGACCUUUGAUCUUUUUGUCACUCGUACUCUAUACUUUCCACUCAUGGUGAAUUCUUGGUAGAUCAUAUAUAUCUAAUUUUGCUAAGAGGGUGGAAGUCAAGUCCAAUAUUACAAUAAUACACCGAAUUUAUUUUUGCUGGUUGUAAUAGAUGUAUGAUUGAUGGGCAUAAGCUGGCUGGUUCUUUUAGUAUUAGCCUCUGGAGGUAUGAGAUUGGAGGGAUGGAUGAAUAACGGA